AUGCAUUUUUACGCGCUCUUCGUGCUGUUCCAGCUACUCUUAGCUGCGAGUGGAAUAUCUGCAGCUGCUAUUGUACCACAGCAGGCUCCAAGUGGUAUCUGGGUUGUGGGAGUAACUGAUAGAGACUCAGCUUCACUGGUUCAUUUUACUCCUGAAGGUGGUUUAAAAUUCCUCACUACCCCUGAGAGAUUUAUGGAUUUUAACAACGAUACUAUGACUACUGGCAUCCGAUUCGUUGAACUUCCAACGCAUCUCGGCAUAACGGGCCUAUAUCGCGAGAAUCAAACUGGUCUAGUGCAUUGGACGGGUGCAACUCAAACAGAAACAGGAUGGAUUCUUUGUUUCAUGUGGGAUGAAGAAUGGCAUCUGUUCUUCGAUGAUAGUAAAUGGCUUCUACCUCCUGCUGAUUGUAUCUCAACACAGAUGACAGCAGAACUGGCGACUCCGUUUCAAGGUUUACCCAAGCCAUAG